CGUUAGAAUCGUUCGUGAGUUCAGACUGAAAUGAUUUCAGGUUUUGUGGUGAAGUUUGAUGUGUGAUGAUGGUGAUGAUAUCGAGGAAGUGUUCUCUGUAUGUGGGUGAUCUGGAUGCGAGUGUGACAGAUGCGAUGCUGUAUGAGAAGCUCAGUCCGACGGGUCCGAUUCUGUCUGUCCGAGUCUGCAGAGAUAAACUCACGGGCUGCUCGCUCGGAUACGCUUACGUCAACUUUGAACGACCUGAAGAUGCCGAGCGUGUAUUAGACACCAUGAACUUUGAUGUGAUGAAUGGCAAACCCAUGAGGAUGAUGUGGUGCCAGCGUGACCCGUCACUGCGCAAAAGUGGAGUGGGAAACAUCUUCAUCAAGAAUCUGGAGAAAUCCAUGAGCAGUGAAGCUCUUCUGGAUAUCUUCUCACCCUUCGGUACCAUCUUAUCCUGCAAAGUGUCCUGUGACGAGAACGGUUCGAAGGGCUUUGGAUUUGUGCACUUCGAGACCCUUGAAGCCGCUGAAAAAGCCAUCAGUCGAUUGGACGGGAUGCUGAUCAAUGAGCAGAAAGUGUUUGUCGGGCACUUCAAGUCCCGCAGAGAGCGCGAGGCAGAAGUGAAGGAGAGAGCAAAAGAAUUCACCAACGUUUACAUCAAGAACUUUGGAACAGAACUGGAUAACAACUCUCUGUCUGAGAUGUUCAGGGAAUUCGGUCACAUCGUGAGCGCUCGCGUGAUGACAGACGAGAGCGGUAACUCCAGAGGAUUUGGGUUUGUCGACUUUGAGAGGCACAGCUAUGCUGAGAAGGCCGUGCAGCAGCUGAAUGGGAGGGAGUUUAAGGGGAAGCGGCUGUAUGUGGGACGAGCUCAAAAGAGACGAGAGCGUCAAGCAGGCCUCAAGCACAUGUUUGAGAAGAUGAAGCGGGAGCGCUUGGCUCUCUAUCAGGGCGUCAAUCUGUACGUGAAGAACCUGAGCGACUGUGUGGACUGUGAAGUUCUCCACAAAGAGUUCUCGCCGUACGGGACCAUCACCAGUUGUAAGGUGAUGACGGCCGGAGGACGCAGCAGAGGAUUCGGUUUCGUUUGUUUCUCAUCUCCAGAAGAAGCCACUAAAGCCGUCUCUGAAAUGAACGGCCGCAUCAUCGCGAACAAGCCCUUAUACGUGGCUCUCGCCCAGCGGAAGAAAGAGAGACAGGCCCACCUCAUGGACCAAGACAUGAGCAGAAAGGCGAUGUUCCAGAGACAGAGUCUGCAGCCCUACUCCACCAUCUACCAUCCAAACUCAACAUCUGGAUUCUUCAUGACUCCACAGGUUCAGUCCUGCCCGCAAUGGGAGCUGCCGGGUGUCAGCGCUCAGUCCAAUCACGCUCAUCCUCACUGGUCCAGCGCUUCAGGAUUCAUUCAUGGUGUCGAUUCAGUGAACGUCCAAACACCACAGAUGCUGCAGCCUAAUGUGUACCUGCAGCGUCAGAGCAACAAUUCCAAUCUCUUCCAUUCCCUUCAAUCCCAUGAUUCUUUGAGCUCGUAGGUAAAUGAAGCGCUGGGUGUUUUAAAAGUUAGUCAGAUGAUGGAAACUCUUCCCCUGUCCUUUCACUCCCCAGACUUCAGUCAAGACCAUGUACACUUUAUUUAGACCUUUUAAAAGAUUUGUAUUCAUUUGAAUGCUUCAAUCUUCACUCUUUUAGUUCUAUGUCCACAUUUUAAUAAUUUUAAUAAAUGUAUCGUCCUGUUUCUAAUACAGGCUUUUAUGAAUAGAAAAUAAAUAUAUUUAGUGAAAUGA